GCGGAUUCCAAUCUCUCCCACCAGCGCUGAAGUCAACGCGGUUUUGUGUGAGUCCGCCGACGGUCUCUGGGCUGGAAACCCACUUCUUUCUCCUAGAGUCACAUCAUGGAGAGAUACCAUGUGCUGGAGGUGAUUGGAGAAGGUUCCUUUGGAAGGGUAUAUAAAGGACGCCGCAAAUACAGUGCCCAGGUGGUGGCCUUGAAGUUUAUUCCCAAAGUGGGGCGAUCACAGAAAGAACUGAAGAAUUUGCAGCGAGAGAUUGAGAUCAUGAGGGAGCUUCAUCAUCCUAAUAUUGUGCAAAUGCUUGACAGUUUUGAAACUGACAAAGAGGUGGUAGUAGUGACAGAUUAUGCUGAAGGGGAGCUCUUUCAGAUCCUCGAAGAUGAUGGGAACCUGCCUGAGGAACAGGUGCAGGACAUUGCAUCUCAGCUAGUUUCAGCCCUUUAUUAUCUGCAUUCCCACCGGAUCCUACACCGGGACAUGAAACCUCAGAAUAUCCUGCUGGGAAAAGGGGGUGUGAUCAAACUCUGUGACUUCGGGUUUGCCCGUGCAAUGAGCAUCCAGACCAUGGUGCUGACAUCUAUUAAAGGAACUCCACUGUAUAUGUCACCCGAGCUAGUGGAGGAGAAGCCCUAUGACCACACAGCUGACCUUUGGUCAGUAGGCUGCAUUCUGUAUGAGCUGUAUGUGGGGACACCACCAUUCUAUACCAACAGCAUCUUCCAGUUGGUCAGCCUGAUUGUCAAGGACCCCAUCAAAUGGCCUAAAACUAUGAGCUCCCACUUCAAGAGCUUCUUGCAAGGCCUGCUGAUGAAGGAUCCUCGUCAGCGGUUGUCCUGGCCAGAGCUUCUCUACCAUCCAUUUAUUGCUGGGCGGGUCACUGUGAUUGAUGACACAACAGAGCAAGGCAUUGCCAAUCCCUUCACUAGCAAACUACCUCCUGAACUGCAGGCCCUGAAAGAACAGCAGACACACUCAUUGGCCCCUCACAGUGGCCAGUCAAAAAUCUUGAGGAAAGCACGGCAGAAGAUGGCCCAGGAGGCUCAGGAAAAAGAACUACUGAAAUACAAAAUUCCAUCUAAGGGGAAAAACACCAAAGGUGCUCAAAGCCACCCACACAAAAGCCAUCUUGGUCAGACAUCCACCAGGGAAGGGAGAACAGCCACCAACACUGGAGAACAGAUGAAUGAAAAGGAAACAGAGUGGGAGCAAAGAGAACCAUCCCUCACACCUCGAGAGAACCAGAUCACACAGGCUUAUGAGAAGGAGUUUCUGGAUGUGAGACCUGAAAGUGGCAGGUUAGAGUUACGAGGCAGACGUAGCAUCGAUACUGUAGAUCUAGAGACUGAGGAGUUGGAUAGCGAUGAGGAGUGGCAACACCUGAUGGAUGCCACAGAUCCUUCACAUGUUCAGUUGAGCGCUCCACUGAGUCUUCUAGGGGACCCCACCUUUGUGCAGCGCAUCCAUGCCCGGCUCAAGGAUUCUAGUCAGCAAGUCCUGGAGGGAAUGCUUGAGGGAGCAUCUCAUCUUCGUCCUGCUCUCCGUGUCAUUGGCAAUUUGCUAGGGACCCGCUGUGACUCAGAGCUGUUGUAUACCUUCUGCAGUGACAUAGAACUGGCCCAUUUCCUUGUGCAGUUAAUGGAAAGCAUCUUGGGGAACUUCAACAUUAUACCGCAGCCCUGGUAUGUCACACUGCUAACAGACCUAAUCACUGUGAUGUCGGUCUACUUUGCCAGUGAUUUCAACAGAGAACCAGGUGGGAAAAAGCAAAGUUUUCAGGCAUUCCAAAGCUCUGCUAGUCACUUUUUAGCCUUGCUGCCUACGCUGCUGGUUCAGCCAACAGAUCAAGAGGUCAGGCUGCAAGACCAAAGUCUUAAGUGCUUUACUUGCUUGUGUGAAAGCAUGGAUGUUGUCUGCCCCUCCAUCUCCAUCCCUUUCUACACCAGCUUGUUUGAAGAUCAUCGGCUGCUGUUAGAUGCCCUCUGCUGUGGUGCCAGCUUUGAACAGCCAGUCCAAAAAGUGUCACCAAAGGAGGCAAAAUCAGUGCAGGAACGGAAUGAAUGCCUGGCAGCAGCAUUUACAACAGCUGUAGCUGCAUCCUGUGGCAUCCCAGGAGGGCAUACCACAUGUCAUAAGGCCAAAAAGCAGAUUUCCCAGCAAAUAGCUGAGAAGCUGACUGAUGAAAAUAACCAGUUGCUGCCCAGACUUGUUGCAAGACUUGAGCACCCGGCCUUUUCUUUGAGCACCCUAAAGCUCCUAUAUGCGUGUUGCCAUGUCAGUCAGAAUCUGUGCCAUUACAUAGCAACUGAAGAAGUGCUGAAUUCCCUGAUAAGUCAUCUGCAUGGGAAGAUCCCACUGGCUGAACUUGCACAAGUACAGGCAGCUGAAGCCUCCCUAAGACUACUCUCCCUGCUUCUCCUCCAGUUGCAGAGUCUCCCACCACAGUCAGAUGAUGUGCUGAAAGCGGCGACAGAGCUUUUCAACCAUAUAGCAGCUACCUCUAUUUUAGGUGCUGCAGGACUGCUUCUGACCCACCUCAGCCAGUAUGGUGCUGCUGUGAAACUCAGCCGAGAAGAGGCCUUUGCAGCAAUAACUACUGCGCUCACAGAACCCACGGAGCUGUAUCUGCCACCUCCCAUGGAAACUGGCUUCUAUGAUGGUCUCAUACUCUUGCUCCUGCAACUCUUAAGCCAGGAGGAUGCAGCAGUGGUACGGGAAUUCAUUGGGUUGGACCUUUGGAGCAUUGUGUGGCAUCGCAUUGCCACGGUGCUCCACUUGACUCACGAGGAGCCAGUAAUGGAAAGUGAGACCCCAAAAGUUGACCAGGAUGCACCAGAGCCAGAGUGGAACCUCAUCUCACCACAAGGAACCUUGAUCUUCCUCCACUUUGUCCUUCACAUCUUCCAGUGUGAACCUCAUCAGUGCCUUGUCCAGCUGGCUCAGCCCAAUGGAGUUAUCAUGGCAACCCUCAACAAACUGCUUGGCCUUGACUAUCUGGAAUGCUUGGCACAGACGCAGCUACAAGAGGAUGGUGAUCCAGAGUUGGUGUCAGCUGUUGUGCUCCAAGUUUGCCAGCUCUUCUGUUUUCCCUUUGCUUUGGAUAUACAUCCUGAAACUUUAGAGCUGAUCAUGACAGGUGUGAGGGAUUUUGAGAUCCCUGCUCAGUUGCUCCAGGUCUGCAUUCACUAUCUUCCCUUUGUGGAGACUGAGCUACCAUUGAGUCUCUUGUGCCAUUUAGUGGUGGCUGAUGAGAGAGUCAUUGAGCAGGUGAUGAGGAUAGCUGCGUCUGAGCACGCGAUUGCCUUCCUAUCGGCCAUUUUGCUUUCUGACCAGGUAGCCCUCAUUGCAGACUUGCUAUCCCUGCUCACACAUGUGGCCCGUGCUGGUGCAACUUAUCUGCCUCUCCUACAGCAACUCCUGUCUGGCUCUAACAUAUCCCCCCAACCACUAAGCUGUCUUCUGUGUCACCAAGAACAACUAGUCCGUGCCAGAGCCUGCAGCCUUGUGGGUAAUCUGUUACGUCACAGACAGGACUUCCGCCAGGUUCUGUGGGACCAGGUUGGACUGUUGGAAUGUCUGCUGCAGCGUCUUUUGGAUGAGGAUGAAUAUGUGCGCUGCUCAGCCAGCUUUGCUGUUGGGAAUGCAGCCUACCAUGCCGGACCUUUUAUGCAGUCCCUUAGCAAAGCUGUUCCCUGGAUUGUCCGCCUCCUGGGUGAUCCUGUAGCUAAGACUCGUUGCAAUGCAGCUGCAGCAUUGGGAAACUUGAGCCGACAGUCGGAGUUGGGCAACUUGCUGAUCCAGAGCAGAGCACCUGAUCUUCUGUUGGAUAUGGCCUGCCAUGAUUCUCAGCCAGCUGUGCAGAAGGCAUCACUCAUUGCCCUCCGAUCCAUUGGCCAACAGCCGAAGAUCCACCAGGUGCUGGUGUCACUCAGAGCAAGUGAGAAGCUGGAAGCACUUUCCCAUAAUGAGUCCCAAGCUACUGCCUUUAGCAGCCCCCCUCCUUCAAGAAGACACUGCAAAAAAUUGAUCCACCUCCUGCAGCCCACACACACAGUGUCUCAGAAGUGAAAUGGCCCUUUAUGUGCUUGACUGCUACAGGAGAGUAGUUUUUCUAGCUGGAAUUAAAAGAAGCCAUCCCAGAGAUAAAUGGAAACUGUUUUGUGGCAUCUGAUCUGAGGUGCUUGAGUUCUUCAGAGUGAAGACCCGAUCUUGGAUGCCUUCCCAAAUCAACAGGCCAUGUAUGAAUUCUAUCCUGUAUCUUCUCCCCAUUGUGAUCCUGCCAAAAACAUACUAAGUUAGACUCUUACUGGAACAGGAGUGGCAACACCUUCAUCCAUCUCUAUGUUUCUUCUCCUGGUUUUGGUGAAUCUACAUCUCGGAAUAUGAGAAUGCCAUCUCUUCACCUUGUAUAAAGCAGGUGAGUCUUAGCCCUUAGUCCCUGAUGUUAUGCUCCCCUACUAGCUGUUAUUUGUGGAUCAAAGGUUUCAGCUUCACGUUUAUGAUGAUGACCACCUUCCUAGGACUCGAACCUGACUUCUC